CCCACAACCAAAAACGAACGUUCUGGGAACCAUAAAUUGUUAGCUGGGUGGCGGUGAUAACUAGGACAACGGCUUUCUAAAAUAUCUCUCAGCACCGCUGGCUCUGGCGGUCUGAAGACUGCGUGUGUAGGGUGAGCGAUUAUCGGCUCCGUUUGUGUAUCUGUGUUUGAACUUCAUCACGACUAAGGGACAGAAGGAGAAGCAGCGGCGGGAGAUGGCACUUACUUUACCAGAACAAGAAGUUCCGGAGGAGCAGUUGCCCUAUCCGAACCUGGUUCCAGUAGUUUUUUGCCGCUUAAAACAGACCACAAGACUCCGUAACAGGUGUCUGCAAGUGGCCCGUAGCCCGUGGUUGGAUUAUGUGUCUGUACUGAUAAUCGUGCUCAACUGUGUAAAUUUGUCCAUUUACAAGCCCGGGGAAAUGAAGACCAACACACAGAAGAUAUUGGAUUUCCUUGUGUUUUUCUACUUUAUUGUGGAAAUGUCCAUCAAGGUGGUGGCCCUGGGAUUCAUUUGCAAUAAAGGGAGUUACCUCAGCAACCACUGGUACAAGCUGGACUUUAUCAUCAACGUUGGAAAGUUGUUGGAUAUUAUGUUUGACAUAUUUGACAUCCCCUUGCAAUUCUUUCAAGUGCUCUCGCCAUUGCAACUUAUCAGCAGAGUACCUAGUAUGCACCACGUUGUGACAGUACUGUUAGGCACUGUGCCCAUGCUCGCAAAUGUUAUGGUCUUCUGCAUCUUCUUCAUCCAAAUCCCUGCCAUUGUUGGAGUCCAGUUGUGGGGGGGACAGCUGCGCAACCUCUGCUUCCUGGGAGAGGACAUUCCCACAAAGUACAACGUGUCCUUAAGUCCAUAUUACAUAAACGAGGAAAAACUCCCAUUUAUCUGUUCGCGUAAUGGCGAGAGCGGGACACAACACUGCAGAGAUGUGCCACCUUUUCACAAGAAUGGUUCAACCUGCGUGUUGGCUUCUCACCAGUUUGCUUCAACUGUAAAUGGGCUAGACUCUACAGGGGCCGGGGCCAGUGUUAACGCCUGCUUCAACUGGAAUAUCUACUACAAUGUCUGUCGGCCCGCGGACCACAACCUUUCCAUUGGAGCUAACUACUUUGAUGACAUUGUUUCCUCCUGGAUAACUAUAUUCCAGGUUGUGACACUGGAAGGAUGGACGGAAAUCAUGUUUUAUACUAUGGAUGCUUAUUCUUGGUGGAGUGUUGUAUUUUUUGUAUUCGUCACUGUUAUGGGCUCCUUUAUUAUGAUAAACAUAUGCGCAGUUGUCAUCGCCACCCAGUUCUCGGACAAAAUGAAACAAGAUACAGGAGAGCCAAGUGUUGGUGCUGUGGCUAUUGCACAGCUCUGUGGCAAGUUAAUUGGAUGGCUGCAGGCAAUCUACCGUAAAUACAACAGACGUAAUGAGGUGCAUCCUAAUGGCGCCAGCCGCAGGAUGAAUACCUCAGUGAUCUAUCAGGUCUGGAGACCAUUCAUGGAAAAGCUUAAGAGGACUGUCCACAGCAAACUCUUUGACCGAUUGGUCAUGUUUGCUGUUUUCCUCAGUGUUGUCACCAUGGCCAUAGAGCAUAAUGACCAGCCCCAGGAGUUGACACGUGUGAUACAGAUCAGUAACAUUGUCUUCACCAUUAUAUUUCUUGUGGAGUUGAUUAUGAAGCUGCUGGCUCUCACAUGGACAUACUUUAUGGAAUCAAACAACAUCUUUGACUUUGUCAUUGUUAUCAUCAGUUUGUGGGAGAUAAUAUCUGAAGCAGAAGGCCGGUUGUCAGUUCUGCGUGUAUUUCGUCUGCUGCGGUUUGUGAGGUUGCUUCACUUCCUCCCUUACCUGAAGAGACAACUGCUCGUGCUGAAGAGGACCAUAACAGAGGCAGCCACAUUCUGCAUGCUACUGCUGUUUUUCAUCUUUAUUUUCAGGCGUGUACACACACAAAUCCUCCCUCGCCUUGUGUCUGUCAAUAUGUCUGUAGAAAUCUGUAAUGUCACAGCAAAUUCCAAAUUAUUCUAUUCUAUUAAUAAUAAUAUUAUUAAUUAUGAUAACAAUCACCCACAUAUAAUAGGUAUGCACCUGUUUGGAGGUAAAUUCUUCUUCAAGACGCAGAAUGGAGAUAUCAUUGUUGAGCGGAAAAACUUUGACACCUUGCUCUGGGCCAUGGUCACGGUGUUCCAGAUUUUGACUUUGGAGGACUGGAAUGUGGUGAUGUACAACGCUAUGGCAACUACCUCCAAAUGGGCCUUUUUAUACUUUUUUGUGGUCAUUACUUUGGGAAAAUAUGUUCUUCUCAAUAUACUUGUGGGCAUAGUGGUUCAGAGCUUCCAGGCUAGGAGCUUCCCAAGUAUGGAUCAAGACUCUUCUCUCUCUUCCUCUGAGUCUACCAGUUCCACUCCGGAAAUCUUGACCCCUGAAAACCCUGCACAGACAGAUAACAACCAGAGAAAUGGCCCCACAGGACCCAACCGAGGCCUCUCUCUCUCUCUUUGUUGCCCCAGGAUAAACAAUGCGAUUAACGCAGCCCCAGGGGAAGACUCUGCCCCAACAGAUACCAAUGGGGACAGUCGAUGUUUGAACUUGAUCCAGAAAAUGGUCAGCUGGUGCAAAGAACAUGAAGCGUGGUCAGUUUAUGUGUUUUCGCCACAGAGCAGGUUCCGCAUCUUUUGUCAACGACUGAUCUCUCACAAGCUGUUCGACCGCAUUAUUCUGGUCUUCAUUCUCCUCAGCUGUGCCACCAUCGCUGUGGAGAGGCCUGCAAUAAACCCUCAAAGCAUGGAGCGUUGGGUCCUGAAUACAGCCGGUUAUGUGUUCUCUGCUGUUUUCUUUGUAGAGAUGCUCUUUAAGGUUGUAGCUCUUGGUUUGCUGUUUGGGAAGGAGAGCUACUGCCGGUCCGCCUGGAAUGCUGUGGAUGGUUUUUUGGUGUUACUGUCUUUAGUCGACAUCUCAGUCUUUCUGGCCAGUACAACUAAAACAAAUAUGCUGGGCAUACUUAAAGUUUUGCGCAUGCUACGCGCAAUGCGUCCGCUGAGGGUGAUCAAGCGAGCCCCGAAACUGAAGCUGGCUGUGGAAGCCCUGAUUGCUUCGUUUAAACCCAUUGGGAACACUGUUAUUAUUGUCUGUGUCGUCCUCUUUUUCUAUGGCAUUCUUGGUCUGCAGUUGUUUAAAGGGAAGUUCUUCUACUGUCUGGGUCAAGACACAAUCAACAUCACCAACAAGAGUGAAUGUCUGUCGGCCAACUAUCGCUGGGUACAAAAGGUGUACAACUUUGACAGCCUGCCUCAGGCUCUGAUGUCCUUAUUUGUAAUGUACUCUAAGGAUGGCUGGGUAAACAUUGUGUAUGAUGGGCUGGAUGCUGUGGGAGUUGACCAACAGCCUAUUACAAACUACAACGAAUGGAUGCUGAUUUUUUUCAUUACCUUCAUGGUUAUGAGCCUCUUUCUUCUCGACAUGUUUAUCGGUGUAAUGGUGGAGACCUUCCACCAGUGUCAGCAGAAUCAAAAUAAAGUAGAUGAAGUGCUGACAGAACAGGCCACAGUAUCACAGGACCACACAGAGCCUGAGGAGAUUCCAUAUUACACAGAUUACUCCCCCAUUCGUCGGUCUAUCCACACUUUAUGUACCAGUAACUUCCGGGACUUCCUGAACCUCUUCAUGGCCGUCGUAAUUUUCCUCAAUGUCAUGAUGAUGAUUGUCCAACUUUCAACUGAUCAACCUCUGUAUGUAGAGAUUAUAGACUAUGUGUUCGCCGUCAUCCUGGUCAUCGAAAUCGUGCUAAAGCUUGUGGCAUUUGGUAUACUGAGGUUCAUACGAAGCAGAUGGAAUCUGCUGGACAUCGCUGUUGUCUUGAUUUCAAUACUCAGUAUUGUUUUCCAAGUGAUGGAUUCUGCAGACUUAAAUCUCAUUAAUGCCAGCAUCUUUAAAGUCUGUAGAUUACUCAGACUAGCACAAGUGUUGAAAUCCAAAAAUAUACGAGUUCUGCUGAAAACCAUUAUCAAGACGCUGUCACAGGUUGGAAAUAUUUGUCUACUCUUUGCAUUCUUCUUUUUCAUCUACGCUGCGCUGGGAGUGGAGCUCUUUGGCAGGCUAGAAUGCACCGACGAUUACAUUUGCCUGGGUUUACAUCGAAACGCCAAUUUCAAACACUUUGGGAUGGCCCUGCUCACGCUCUAUCAAGUGUGCACCGGAGACAACUGGAGCGGGAUUAUGGCAGACACAUUGAGGGAAUGCCGUCCCAACGAUGAGGGCUGUUCCAGCUUCUUGUACUGGGUCUCUCCAAUCUACUUCUCCAGUUUUGUGGUUAUGGCCCAGUUUGUGCUGGUAAACCUGGUGGUGGCAGCAAUCAUGCAAGCUCUAAAGGACAGCCAGGAGAACAAACCUACUGACGUCCGUCUCCCCCUGGAAGAGGAAGAUAAUCUUGAGCAGGCCAGCCGGUCCACCCAGAAUGUCGAACCCAGUUCCAGCCACGACAACACAGAUGGAUCCUCAGUGACGCCACAGACAUAAAUUUUGGCACAAGCAGUUAUGUGUCUAUUUGUUCAAUUGCACAUCACAUGGUUCUUUGGAUGUCUGUUUUUAUUUAAAUACAAUAAGUUGAUUAAAGAUUUACCUAUUUUAAUGUUUUGUUAUAUCUAAAUAAUACAGUAUAUAUUUCUGUAUUUUAUUGAGGGUUGUUAUCCUAAUAGAAUGAUAUCCAUUAAUGUUCACCUGUAAUGAAUUUGAGUCUUGUUUUCUCUCUCUUCUUCUUUGUCCUUUUACUGUAUAAAUAUGUUAAU